AUGUGGACGCUCCUCAUUGCAGCUGCGGUAAUAGUAGCCACAUACACCGCCAUCAUCCAGCCUCUCUAUCUCGACCCUCUCAGCCGGAUUCCCGGCCCCAAGCUCUACGCUCUCACGAAAUGGCGUCUCGCAUUCGAAGAUUGGAAAGGCCAGAGAACACGCACAAUCCACAGACUCCAUCAGGAGUACGGCGCUGUCGUCCGGAUCGGUCCGAACGAAGUCCACUUCAACUCCCUCUCCGCCCAGAAGACCAUCUACGGCCCCGGAAGCGGCUUCGGCCGGACUGCCUUCUAUCGCAUGUUUGACGUCUAUGGCGAACAGAAUCUAUUCACGUUCCAUUCGUCCAGAGAGCAUGGCGAGCGGAAGAAAUUACUUGCGAGUGCGUAUAGCAAAUCGAAAAUCUCUCGGGGCCCCGUGGCGGAGAUGGUCGCCAGGAAGAUUCGGGAUUAUCUGCGUCUCAUUGAAGAGCGUAGAGGCGAGGCUGACGAGGUGUUUACGAGUUUGCAUUCUUACUCGUUGGACUCCAUUACGGAUUUUUUGUAUGGAAGCUGGGGUGCUACGCAGGCGAUGAAGGGGAAUGAAAAGCAUCGGGCGCUCUUGGAUGAUAUUCUGGAUCCGGCUCGGAGACGGCUGAGUUGGUUUGCGGUGCAUUUUUCGAACUACACGAAGUGGCUGUAUUCACGGGACGGCUUCUUGGGCCGUCUGGUAGAGCCGCUACUGCCGAUGAAGAAGCCAUCGACGUACACCGGCAUCCGCGCUCACGCACUCGAAGCGUCUCAGCGCUUCCAAGAAGCCACCCAAACCGUGAAGACCGACCCAGCGGCCAGCUCCACCAUCAUCGGUCGUCUUCACGACCACGUCUCCAAAGGGACCGCCCGUCUCAGUGACCUCGAAAUCGCCUCCGAAUGCGCAGACCACUUCCCCGCCGGCAUCGACACCACAAGCGACACCCUCACGUUCCUCAUCUGGUCCCUUUCCCUGCCCCGCAAUUCCCACAUCCAACAGAAACUCAUCGAAGAAGUCAACGCCAUCCCAGCAACCGACCUCGAUGCCUACGGAUCACCCACCGUCGAAGCGGCCGAUCGAUUACCCUAUUUUGGAGCGGUCAUCAAGGAGACGCUCCGUCUCUACGCCCCGUUACCUGCUUCCGAACCGCGGAGCUCGGAUCUAGACAGCGUGAUCGAUGGGCACGAAAUCCCCGCUGGGACAGUGGUCUGCAUGUCCCCCUAUAGCCUUCAUCGCAAUUCAGAAGUAUUCCCCGAGCCGUCGAAAUGGGAUCCAGAGCGUUGGCUUUUGGGCGACGAAUCGGAAAUUCUAGCGCGGAUGCAGAAAUCUUGGUACUGGCCUUUCUCCAGCGGCGCGAGGAUGUGUAUCGGAAUGCAGUGA